AAAAAUCCAUAAAAGGGACCUCUAUCACCUUCAAAGCGCGUCACUUUUUUAGCGUCACGUUUUCGAUGGAUACUUAAAAUGGUAUCCUGGUUGUAAUCUAUCCAUUAUGGGCUUCUGAAUGACCCUGCUUAGACACAGCAUAACAACUACACCUCCUGUAUUACUUGAAGUUUCGCAUAAAAACUCUUUUAGAGGGGUGUAAAUCUUGUAAAGUAUCCGACACCCAGUGUUCCUCAUUAGGUCACAUCAAUUAUACAGCUAUGGCACAAUAAAAGCAAAAAAUUCCAAAUGGUUGAUGGGUUGCAUUUGUGGCAUUUACACAAUUCCAAAAGGAAGAAAACUAUCAGUAUUACACUGGAAGCGGUUUUCACUGCCUAAUGUAACAGCUCUUGAGACGUUGUGUGUGAGGAUGAGGGCAAAGCAGAACUUUGCCAAUUCCAUCAAAUAAUCUUUGCCAACUGUCAAUUUUAAUGCGCAACGCGCCCCUUGUUGAAUCUUUCCUUUGAUUUCGCUCAUCUUUUAUUAAGAUUUCUCUUUAAUUAGAAUUCGCGAAAUAGUUAUUCGCGAUGCUGGACGGCAUGCAACGACUCUUGCUUAUUCUUUUCUUAUUUACCUUUUAAUUUGGAAAUAUACUUUUUUUUGACGUAACAGGUAUUUUUCUCCACCUCCUUUAAUUUCGCUCGCUUCAUCACCCCGCAUGGACAAGGGGGUAUUUACCGCAUGGAGACACCAUAUGAAUACUCAAAUUGAUGACGCAUACCCUUACAGAUGCAGAAUAUAUUUAACAAGAAAUGUUCUAAAUAUGAUUUUUUUUCUUCUGGUGAAUAUAAGUUUCCGUGUAAUGUGUGGGCCAAGUUUCUUAUUACGUCCAAUCUCUAAGCGCGUAAUCCCAAAGAGAGACUAAACUCCGCAAUACCGAGUGUUUAUUCUCGCAACUAAUCUUGAGUUAGGCCUCAUUUCCUACAGACUCACCGUCUUCCAUAAAGAGGAGGUGGUCUAAUAAUCAUAUGCUGAAAUGUUAUUUUGUGAGAUUAUAGACCUGAGUCGGCCAUUGUAUGAUGGGAUGCUGGUGUAUGAAGGAGAUCCGGCUGUCAAAAUUUCAAGGGUCCGUGAGCGCGAGAAAGACGGUUGGGAGUUGAGGGAAAUAACGAUGGGCUCACACACCGGCACACAUGUAGAUGCCCCUGUGCAUAUGCACGCAGGGGCGCCAGCGCUGGAUGAUAUUCCGCUGAAUCGAUUUUGUGGUCCUGCGGUGGCAGUAAGGCCAGAAGAUGAUUACCCACACCAUACAGGGCUACUAUUUGUUGAGCCUAUUGGGAUGGAGCAGGUCGACAAAAUUUUGCUCGCUCAGCCACCCUUCGUCGGCGGUCAGCUGGAGGAAAGCGUGGAACGUGUCCUUUUGGGAGAAGGGAUCAUUACAUAUACUGAUUUGGUUAAUAUUGAAAAGCUUGUGGGCAAAGCUUUCACCUUUGUAGGUCUACCGUUAAAGAUCAGGGAGGGCGAUGGUUCCCCCGUGAGGGCGGUGGCUAUCGUACACAACAGAUAA